ACAUCAAUCGGCUAAUCAGAUACUAGGCAGCUGGAGCUGUUCCAUGCUUCCUUGUGUUUACUACAUUAAAAAAAUUGUAAAUGCGAACACGUUUGCUGCUAAGAUUUUAAUAAAGCUGCCUCGAGGAUUGCCAGAAACGAUGCCUCGGAUAUCCGGAUAAAAGUUCUGGUUCACAUGGGAUCAGUGUAAACGGCAGCAGCCUGACGGACAUUCGUGCUCCAAAUUGAAAUUCAGAAUCAUGAUUAUGAUCUAGAAAAAAAAAUUGUGAACAUGUCUGCCAGAGAUCUUGUAGAGGGUCAGUGUGGUACCCAGAACUCUCUCAUGAAGCUUGCCUCGCAUCUGUCUCAGGACAGGGCGCUGCAGCAGGAUGGGCUUCAGAGAGCAGCGUUACGGUCUUCCCAAACUGCUAUAGGUUACCCACCCUCUUCUGCAUCACUGCUCGUUGAUGAGUUCCUGGCACAAGCACCACGCCUUGAUGAACGAAUGGCCCCUCAAAGUUUCCACAUGGGUGGACUUCUUCAAGAGAUGCGGGACAUUGAGAACGCUUACCGACCAAUGCCACAACAAGCUCCGGGAGUGGCUGCUUUGGCUGCAUCGAAAGAAUGGGUGAAUGAAUUCCUGCCUCCAGAAGGGAAAGGUACAACAGCAGCAGCAGCAGAGAAUUGGUCCAAAGAAUUUGCUCUGCAGAGCAAUGUCGUACCUGCGGAUUCUAAAUGGGCUGCGGAAUAUCUGGUAGACAGUGAGCACCAAACAAGUUGGGCGGAAGAAUUCGCAGCAGCGAAACCGGCCGAUGGCCUGGUGGAUGUCGCCGAUCAACUUCUCAACUCCGUUCACGACGACGCACUCAUGGAGAGCGAGUUCAUGCAGUUUGUAAAGAAGCUUAGGGACGGAACGUCAACGUUAGAGAGUACUCAGAAUGACCACACGUUGGCAGGGGGGUGGACAGAAGAGUUUGCUCGGGAUUUCCCUCAAGGGCAGAGUAGUCAGGAUGCUACCACAGUGCAACACAAUGCCACGGCAGCAGAGUGGGCUGAAGGCUUUCUUGCAGAACAACAGCAUGAGAAAGGAAGCGAUAUUGACUUUUGGGCAAACUUGCAGAAAGAAUGGGAUUCUAUGGCAAAGGAAUCGCCAAACGACCAUCCUUGGCUAUCGGAAUACGAGACACUUUCGGAGACCUAUAGGGAGUACAAAUUUGCGGAAGAAAAUCCCCUGCAACACGUGGAAAACGCGUUCGAGGAAGGGCUCAAGAAAUUGCAGGAAGGCGAUCUUCCAAGCGCCGUGCUCCUCUUCGAGGCAGCCGUGCAGAGGAAUCCGCAACAUGUCGAGGCAUGGCAAUACCUCGGCACGAGUCAGGCGGAGAACGAACAGGAUCCAUCUGCUAUAGCUGCGUUGAAAAAGUGUCUUGAGAUGAACCCGGAUAAUUUAACGGCCUUGAUGGCUUUGGCAGUGAGCUACACGAAUGAGUCUCUGCAGACGCAGGCGUGUGACGCUCUGCUCAAGUGGCUCCUUCACCACCCACGUUACAAGGACCUCUGUGGUGGUGACGUUCUGCAAGCGUCUGCACCCGCACGAUUUCAAGUGUCUUCCAUUAUGUCAAAUGAACAGCACGUCAAAACUAGAGACCUGUUCAUCACUGCCGCGAGGAUGUCACCGAACGAUCCCGACCCAGAUGUCCAGUCGGGCCUUGGAGUUCUCUUCAACCUUUCUGGAGAAUACGACAAGGCGGCGGAUUGUUUUCGGGCAGCACUUACAGUUCGGCCAAACGAUAGCAGGUUAUGGAAUAGACUAGGAGCUACACUAGCAAAUGGCAGCAGGUCAGAAGAAGCAGUAGAUGCAUAUAGGCACGCUCUGCAGAUCUCGCCUGGCUUUAUACGGUCGAGGUUCAAUCUGGGGAUAAGCUGCAUCAACCUUGGCUCUUAUCGCGAAGCGGCUGAGCAUUUCCUCACUGCACUCAACAUGCAAAAUGCCGGCAGAGGCCUUGCUGGGUCACGAGAUACAUCUGUCAUGUCAGAGAACAUCUGGUCUACACUGCGGAUGGUGCUGACGUUGAUGAAUCGACCAGAUCUGUACAAGGUGAUUGACCGUCAUGACCUGGCCGUCCUCAACAGAGAGUUCAGCAUGGACGCGUGAAUGCAAUUCCUGCAUUCUUACUUUAUAAGUAUUGCCUUAUGCAGUGCAAUUUUUGAGAAAAUUAGACAUUACGGCAGACAAUAAAGCAAAUGCGGUUGUACGUAACAAACUUGUAUAUCGCAUAUGCUUGUAAGAUGUGUACAUAUGCACCCGAAAGGCAGUGUUUAUGAAGAUUGUAUAGGGGGGUCACAAACAGACCUAUGUAUAGCACAAUUUAUUGCACACUAUGCACACAGGGCAGGUGGGUAGCGUACCGAAAUAUAUUUUGUGAAAAAUUCGACAAUGUGAAUAAAAUAUUUCUUCAAAACUAAGAAAAAAA